AUGUUGCGCUGGUAUCAGAGCAAGUUGGCCAAGAGGCCCAUCCUCACUGCCAGCAUCACCAGUGCUGUGCUCUUCGGCAGUGGAGAUGUCCUAGCUCAACAACUCGUGGAUAAGAGAGGCCUGGAGAAACACAACUUUGCGCGCACCGGGCGUAUGGCUCUCUAUGGCGGCGCUGUCUUCGGUCCUGUCGCAACCAAGUGGUUUGGCAUUCUCCAGCGUCAUGUUGUCUUGGGAGGCACCGCGACCACCACGAUCGCUCGCGUCGCUGCUGAUCAGGUAGUCUUCGCACCUGUUCAGUUGUCCUUUUUUCUGUCGUCGAUGGCUAUCAUGGAGGGCGUUGACCCGGUUGAAAAAUGGAAGAAGGCCUUUGGACCCGCGUACAAGGCCAACUUGAUGGUCUGGCCCUUUGUGCAGGGUAUCAACUUUGCAUUCGUACCCCUGGAGCUCCGAGUUCUGGUCGUCAAUGUGGUCAGCUUAGGCUGGAAUUGUUUCUUGAGUCUGAUGAACAGCGGCGAGACAUGA